AUGAAACCUACGAAGAAUGCAGGCAAGUCGGUGACUUUGGAGUCGUACUCAGACGCAGACUUCGCUGCCGACAAGGCGGAUCGGAAGUCGCUGACUGGCGGGGUCAUUCGCCUGAACUGGAUUGCAGUAAGCUGGACGGCCAAGAAACAAGGUGACGUCGCACUCUUCACCAUAAAGGCGGAGUUUGUCGCAGCGUCGGAGCAGGCGCGUGAGUUUAUUGGCAUUCGACAGAUGCUGUGCGAAUUUGGGUUGCCACCCGGACUGCCGAUAACGCUCCACGUCGACAAACAAGCAGCUAUCAAGCAGCUAUGGCGAGUUGUCAUCCCUGAAAGCCAAGCACAUCGAUGUGCGCCUCAAGUUUGUGCGUGA